GCAAAGACAUAUCCAGAAUGCGUGAUCAAGGGUACGCUCCCGAGUUGCGAGUUGAAAAAAUCAGCGGAACAAGGGGACCGGAGAAGCAUCUAGGCAUUAAAAAGUCUGAAGAUCGAUUUUCGGUAUGA